AUGUCGGAGUUAAAUCUACGCCAGUUCCAUGCGGCCGCUAUUUUGCGGAUGUAUGACCAAACGAAAGAGGGGAGGGCUGGUGACCUCAAUGUCACUCAAAUUGAUCAGCGUAUAAAAUCUGCUGCCGUCCAUUUUGAUCGGAUGCUCACAAAUCAUGAGGCUUUGGUUGCCGCAGCCAAGGAGGAGGACUUAGAGGUACACUCAGGAUGGUGGGACUCCACCGAAGCUGCCUACAUAGAUUUGUGCGCAACGCUGAAUCAACGACGAAGAGAGUUGGAGGGUGAAUCUCUGCCUGCCAACAAUUCGCACAAAGUUUCGCCAAUGGAAUUAAAAUUAGAGCCGCUGUGUAUACCAUCGUUUGACGGAUCCGCUUAUAAGUGGCUUGCAUUUAAGGAUGCAUUUGAGACAUUGGUUCAUCAACGGGAUUUGCCGGUGGCAUACAAGUUGGGGAAAUUGCGUCAGGCAGUUAAGGCAGAGGCGGUUCCGUUGGUUGGAGGUUUGUAUUCGGGUGGCUAUGAAGAAGUGUGGACGGCGCUGAAAAAUCGAUAUGACAACCCUAAGCAAUUAGCGGAGAUCCACGUUGCUAGAUUUCUGAACAUGAAGUCACAGACUGAGGAUACGUCCAGGGCGUUACUGGGUGUCGUUGAUGGGGUAAACGAGUCCUUGCGAGCGUUAGCGGUAAUGAAGUUACCUGUCGACAAAUGGGAUGCCCUUACCGUCCCCAUUGUGGUUUCUAAACUCUCUACUCGCACACAGCGAGAAUGGUGCAUGAAUUGCUCCCCUACCGAGCUAUCCACUUUAACUGAGUUGCUAGCAUUUUUAGAAAAACGAGCGCACAGUCUUUCGACAGAACUUUGCCCGGUAGCGGAUCAUCAUGAAGUGCUGCAUUCUUCGUCAAAGCAGAAAAACACACUCCGUCUUCUAAAGUCCAACCUCGCCACAACUGAUGAUGGCAACUGUCAACACUCAAGCAAUACAAUCGUUACUAGCAUCGAAAAGGGAAGCCAGACUGUUCUAUUAGCUACAGCACGUGCCCACGUCAUCGGCAAGGAUCUCAAGCAACGGGUGUCUCGUGUAUUAUGCGAUCCUGGAUCUCAAGUAAGUCUGAUCUCGGAAUGUUUGGCUAAUGGUUUGGGUCUUUAUAGGAGCAAGUGUGAGAUUAUGGUGGAGGGGAUUAGUGGAGUGGCAUGUUCGAGGACCAAGGGUAGCGUCCGAUUUACGAUAAAAAGCAUUUUUUCUAAAUUUGAACUGGACAUUCAUGCAUUGGUUAUUGGUUCGAUUACUUCAGUUACACCAGCGGUUAGUGUCGAUAUUGGGCAAUGGAGACAUUUGGCAAAUCUCCAAUUGGCAGACCCAUAUUUUGGUACUCCGGGUCAUGUUGAUGUACUUCUUGGUGCUGAUGUCUGGGGUUCGAUUGUAGAAGGGGAUGUCAUACAUGGAGGGUAUGAUGAACCUCACGCACAGCUUACCCGACUUGGUUGGGUUGUAUUUGGGCCAGCGUCCGUUCCGGGCCAUUCUAGUACAACAGUUGGCAAUUAUUGCGCGCAGAUUAGAGACGAGUCUUACUUGGAGGAUCUCAUUUGUAAUUUUUGGAAGCUCGAAGAAGUACCGGUGACAACUAAGAGCUCGGAUGAUGAAUGCGAGCGGUUCUUUGCCACUACACACCAACGUAUGGCCGACGGACGCUAUGUUGUGAGAUUGCCAUUCUGUCAAGAUGGUCAACCGUUAGGCGACUCUUACGUCAACGCUCGACGUCAGUUCUCGCGUUUGGAGCGACGUCUGGCUGCUGAUCCGGACAUGCAGGCAAAAUAUAUAGCGUUUAUGAGGGAAUAUGAGUCCCUUGGCCAUAUGGAAAGAGUUGUUCAGCCAGUUGUUCAAUCCGGAUGCUAUUAUAUUCCCCACCAUGCUGUAUUGGGGAAGUUUAGAGUGGUGUUCAAUGCAUCCGCUCCUACCUCCAACGGGUUUUCGCUUAACGAUAUCCAACUGGUUGGAUCCCCCAUUCAAGAUUCGUUAAUCAACAUUAUCCUCCGCUUCCGACGCUAUGCCAUCGCGAUCACAGCCGAUGUGGAGAAGAUGUUUCGCCAGGUUCUCGUGGCACCACAAGACAGAGACUUUCAGCGUAUACUUUGGCGUGAAUCUCCAUCAGAGGAAGUAAUUACUUACCGACUGUCUACUGUCACGUAUGGCAUGGCAUGCAGUCCUCAUAAUGCGAUAAGGGCUAUGCAUCAGUGUGCGUACGACAGCUUCGACAAGAUUCACAAUCGCAAUAUGGGCAUCCAAGCGCGAGAAUCCAUUCUCUCAUCAUUCUACGUGGAUGAUUUCCUCACCAGUUGUAGCACCGUCGAAAGUGCUAUCACUUUAGCAACGAAUAUCGACACCAUUCUGAGAGCUGGAGGCUUUAAGUUAAGGAAGUGGAAUUCUAAUGACGCCGCCGUAUUGAUUCCAUUAGGGAAGGGCUUAUCACCUACGGAAUGCCCUAUUGAUGCAUCAGUUGCCUCUGUGCUAGGUUUGCGAUGGAGUCCAGUCGACGACAUCCUGCUGUUCAACGUGGAACUCAAGCAACCCGGCGGUGUAUACACCAAGCGCAGUGUGCUCAGCGAGGUGGCGAAGUUGUUUGACCCAACAGGAUUCUUGUCACCCGUAGUGGUGGUGGGUAAGAUAUUUAUUCAAACUCUUUGGUCCGCAGGUAUUGAUUGGGAUACUGCUCUAACAACGGAAUUACGCGAAAUUUGGCUAACAUUUCGCAAUGACCUUACUGCUCUCAACAUGCUUCGGAUACCUCGUUGGCUUGGGAUGAAGGAAGGGUCAACUACCACGCUUUAUGGGUUCUGCGAUGCCAGCCAAAAGGCAUAUGCUGCCGUGGUGUACGCUCGAACAACGAAUUCUCAGGGGGACGUUCACGUAGCUUUAAUUACGGCCCGAACCAAGGUGGCACCCCUAAGAGGAGCCACUAUACCUCGCUUAGAGCUAUGUGCGGCACAGUUACUAGCUGAGACUCUUCGAAACGUCCGAAGUGCAUUAGGAUUAGUCGACCAAGUAGCAUCUUUGUGGUCAGACUCGACUAUCACCCUCUGUUGGUUGCGAAAGCAGCCUGAGACGCUUAAACCCUAUGUAUCAAAUAGGGUCCGGCAAAUACAAGAGUUAACUUUGAGGGAUGAAUGGCAUUAUGUACGUUCAUCGCAAAACCCAGCGGAUUGCGCUAGUAGAGGCAUAUCUGCUUCAGAACUUUUGGACCACCAUUUAUGGUGGAGUGGUCCCAGUUGGCUACGGGAUGACACAAUAGAUCCCACCUGUCACCCUAAACUACGUGAUUGCGAUGAAGCUGUAGUGAAUAGCGAGAGAAGGAUCGAUUCAGCUCGUUAA